CUUCGAAGACCUUUUGUCUUGCACCCGUCCGCCACCUCGCAACCGACGCAUUGCCCCCCUCUUCGUACGCUGAAAGGCGCAGCACGUUGCGGACAUGGCGGCCAACGAGAAUGACCGCGAAGUUUCGAGGCUCUGGCGCAUAGUCCGCACCACGAAACAGAUGUGUGCUGAUCGCGGCUACGAACUCACCGAAGAAGAAUGCAACAUCUCCCUCGACAGCUUCCGCCAACAAUACACCGACGAGACCGGCGCACCCCAGCGAACCAAAAUGGCCUUCACCGCGCGACCGGCGGAAGCGAUGCUCAAACGCUACACACCCCUCCCCCGAGCCGGCCAGUCCGACGGCCCCGAGCCCCAAAUCGGCACUGUGCACGUCGAAUUCUCCGGCAGCGCCAACAUCGGCAUCAAAGACAUCAAGGCCUUCGCGCAGCUGCUCAGCGAAAAGAACUACUACACCGGCAUCUUUGUAACGGCGUCGGCGCCGACGUCGAGCGCGCUGAAAAUUAUCCCUUCGCUCCUGCCUACCAUUAUGGAGAUUUUCCGCGAGGAGGACCUGCUGGUGAAUAUCUCCCGGCAUGAGCUGGUGCCGAAGCAUCUCCUGCUUAGUCCGGAGGAGAAGAGGAGUCUGCUGGAGAGGUAUCGGCUGAAGGAGACGCAGUUGCCGCGCAUCCGCGUGGACGAUCCGAUGGCGAAGUAUUUGGGGUUGAGGAGAGGGCAGGUGGUCAAGAUCAUUCGCAAGAGUGAGACGGCGGGGAGAUAUGCUAGUUAUCGGUGGGCGAUAUGAUGCGUGUAACGGGCAGUUCACGUACGUUUUAUCAGGCAUGCAUAGCGAGGCGUUGGGGGGUGUGGUAAAAGAUGAGGUUGUGAGUGACCACGAUGUCAACUUCGUGUUCCAGUCGCGCCUCAAAGGGCUUACAGGUCAUUACACCUUGUCACAAAACACUUGCACGCUCUGAACCCGAUAUUAAGACUGCAGGUGCUCUACAGUGAUGUGAACACAAGGGUCAAGAUUGCGUGAAGAUAUGAGACGUGCACGAGGCUCUGGUUUGUCAGGAAAGCUGAUGUUUCUGAG